AUGGCAAACGUCUACUGCGCACUCUGCGGGGUUAUCCUGCUUCCAGAUCCAUACGUGGAGGAGGGGGCUACUGAGCCAGAGCCCCCUCCUCGCCGCCGCCGGCCAUGGUGCUCGGAAGUGCGAGGCUUGACGACCAUCGACGACCCUUCAAACCCGCCAACGCUCACCGGAGUAGGAUUGAUGUAUGGCCCAAAUCGUCUAUCCGCCACAAUUGAUUGCAAGCUAUCCUACCUCGACAGCCAGCUGACGUGGGAAUGGGGGCUAUCCACGACCAGCUGGGGUUGGGGUUCUUGGGCAUUCGGGGUGCAUGACGCCUGCUGGCAGAUACUUCGACUCCGGGUCGGUGGCUGGCAUGAACGCCGGCUCAUCAUUUCAGUUUUCCAUCAGCUCCUGUGCGUUCCUUGUAUUGGAUCAUCCAGUUUCGACUUUGGCCACGACUACGGCGGGGCUAGCCAGACGCACAAAAGAAUGGGACCGCCCAUGCCUAUAAACGCUGGCUCGGUUCUUUACGCCGACCCUCACGCGGUUACACUGAUGGUUAUUUCGGAACCAGCAAUGCCUCAGUCUUUAACGUCCUUCGAUUACUUACAGGGUGCAAGCCGUCACACCUUUGGCCCGCUAUCUAUGGAGCUAAUACACGAGAUCUUGUCUUAUCUAUCACGCAAAGAGGUCGCAGCGCUCCGGCUGGUAAGUCGGGCCCUUGCCUCAAUUGCAGCUGUUGAGAAUCUGCCUCAGUCGUAUUGGAGAUCUAGAUUUCUUCUCGGCCAGGAGGCGGACUUCAUCUUUCCAGAUCUCACGGAAAGGCGAGACUGGCGAGGGGUUUUUCUCGCACUAAAUAAACUGUUGCGACAUGGUGGAACCCUGCCGUUGCUUAAUCGAAAACGAAUCCGUAAGCUUAUCGAGCCCAUUUCGCGUUUAGUGGAAGAUGCUCCUGGUCCUUAUGCUGGUCUCUUUGGCAUGGCUGCCCAGCGAGUCCCGAACCAAGAAUCCAGAUUUCAAAUCUCAACAAGUGACGAUGGUGGUCAUAUACCUGCCGUGUUGGAAGAAUCUAACUCAUUCGCCGGCGAUAUCAGCACUGAUUUCCCAGACGGUCCAGUUUACUCGGGAUGUCGUGUUAUCGACCAUGUAACAAGGGCUCUCCCAAGUCCCCGCCAGUAUAACCAGGGCACGAUAGCAGUAUCAUCAUGUCGGAUUGGGGUAAUGAGCUUUAUCGCGGGUAUAGGCAUAUUCCCAUCUCGUACGACGGACAAUUACGCAUGCAUAAUUGGGUUUCAUAACCCUGGGGCUGAAAAAUGGCUUGACAUGCCUACUGCCUCGUCCAUUGAACAUAUCCACGUGGCCUUCUCCGCACAAGGACUAAUGGGUAUCAUGUUUUCGUUUACCGAUGGUACUGAAUCAUCCUGGACUGGUGUCAGCGAAGGAAGGGGAAUUGCACAGGGCUCCUUGCACGUUACUGGGGAAUCACAGCCCCGUCACUUGGUGGCAGGCGUUGAUUUAUUUAAAAUCGUGUCUCUGGCCGUGUAUUCGCUGAGAAACAACCCAAUCCCACCUUCACAUCCACAAUCCCAUCUAUGGGUUCCCGGUCCGCCAACCCAUGAUGGCCUACAACUGACUCCCCUGUACCCAACCAUGGAAUCCCUGCUCUUUGAGCCGCUCCUUGACGUAGACUUUGGCGGCCCUGGUGGAGUUUACCUCCGCGAGCUAACUGGGCUCGUCUGUUACAUGGGGUACGAUCCACACCCGCUGCUUGGAAUGCAGGCAGUAUACGCAGACGGCAGGACUGCCCUGUUUGGUUCAAGGCGUGGCUGCGAGACGUAUUUUGCUAUUGCUGGUCCAGAUGGAGAGCGUAUUACUCAAGUCAGUGUUUUGAGCCACUGCGGCGAUCCUUCGCAGACCUUCGUGAAUGGACUUUGUGGAUUACGGAUCACAACGAACUAUGGGCGAACAGCAGAAUUUGCUACUAUUCAGUCUCGGUUGAAGCAUAGCCUGGAUAUCAUAGAAGUGCCGGAACCUGACCAUAUCAUAACUGGACUGGCUGUGCGACAGAUGCCGUCAAAGGAUCCAUUUAUCCGAGUUGCGCUCCAAUAUCAACCAUCCGCCUCCUCCGUGCCCAACCAGUCCUCACUUCUUCUCCCGGAGUCCGAGGUCUGCAAAGAAUCACUGGAGUAUAGCAAAUACUUCUCGCGUUAUAUCAGAACCCCGCGAACGGGCGACUACCAGACCUAUGCAUCGCUCCAAGGGGUCCGUAGAAUCCAAGCGUCAAUUGGAGUCGAGGGUCGAUGUCGAAGCCCUAGUCGGAUAUCUGGCCUCAAGUUACUCUACGAAAACCGUCCACCUUCUAUACUAGGGCAGUGGAUGGACGAAUACAAAACCUUUGAUCUGCUACCGGGCGAGGAUAUCGAAUAUCUCACCGUUUGGAUACUGCCUGCAGCGGAUGCAGUUGAGUGGCGACCCGCGCGACAGGGCCAGGUUGUUGCCGUUCGCUUCGAUACGACCAAGUCUCGCAGUAUGACAUUCAGUGCACCUGGUACUGAUUCUCUUCGAUCGGAAGCUCUACGCAUGCAGUACGGAUACGGGGAUGGGUAUAAAGUAACUGAUGUUUUCUGGAUCAUGAACUCCUCAUAUGAUAGAGUCCGAGCAACUGGCUCUGGGACGCUUGAGAGGCCGUCAGAAUUGGUUCCAGAUGAAUAUCCCGAUCAGGUCCAGAGACUCUACUUUGACAGGAUGGAACUGGACCCUGUGGUUACUGCAAAGGGCUGGCUAGACCAUGGGCAAUUGCUAGGAGUUGAGUUCAUAUAUAUGUCCGGUGCUGCUGCCCGAGUAGGUGAGCUUAACACAGCCUCUGGCAGCGUCGAAACUAUUCACUUCCCAGGGAACUGUCGGUUUGUUGGUAUGGCAACUGGGAUUAAAGAUGCCCAUAUUCGCGUUCUCAAGUUUGAUCUCGAGGACAGGAACACACCUUCACGAGCGGAAUACAGGACAGUGGGCUUCGGGCUUCCUCCAUCAGAUGAACACCAGAUACUUUCAGAGUGUGACUGGCAGCAUGUUUGGCCCAACCCCGAGCAGUCGCCGCAGGAUCCCAGCCAGUUAGACAUUAGAGAGAAGAUACAUACUCCUCCUACUGGGAUGAGGCUGGCUGGGCUCUAUUUUAAUUGCCAGGAUUUUGCAUCCGUGGGAGCAUUGUAUGAGCCUGUGGGGAGCGAGGUUCGUGGUGGUCCAGUCUAG